CCUCAACACAUCUCUUCGGCUAUCUUCACUCCGUCGUGCCUUCAUCUUCGCUUCAUUACGGUAAACAUCUCAAAAAUCCAACCGGGAAACGAUGGCGACACUCACCGGCAUGAACAUCUGCUCCCCCAGGCUCGCGACCAGGCCGCACUGCCCGUUCCAUCCCCGGCCGCAGAGGAUCGUCUUCCCGCGGCCGAGCCGCCCCUGGAGGAUCGGGGGCCGCGCGCCCCGGUCGAUAAGGCCGGUGGCGGCGGCGCCGGAGCAGAUAGACGAGAAGGUCGCGGAGAGCAUAAAGGAGGCGGAGGAGAAGUGCUCGGAGAACCCGGUGAGCGGGGAGUGCGCGGCGGCGUGGGACGAGGUGGAGGAGCUGAGCGCCGCGGCGAGCCAUGCGCGGGACCGGAGCAAGGAGUCGGACCCGCUCGAGAACUACUGCAAGGACAACCCCGAGACCGACGAGUGCCGUACUUACGAUAAUUAGAAGUCCAUUUUAUUUUGAAACAACUUUUUUUUAUUUUUAUUUCUAUGGUUUACUUUAGCUUUUGUAAAAUUAAGAGGUGCAUGCAAAUGCAAUAUGUGGUGGUGUGCGCUAUGGCUUGUUUUUCUGCUGCAAAAUAACAAAUUAUGUUUUAUAUUUA